CCCCGGACAGCGCCGGCAGCCCCGCAGGCAGCGGGCAGCACCGGACAGCGCCCGCAGGUUCCCCUCUCAGAGACAGCCCCCACCGGGCACCUCAGCAGCGAGAUGAACCCCACCGUGGGCAUCGCUGUCAUCCUGACAGUCCUCCAGGCCGCCCACUGCCAGAUGAUCAAGGACCUGAGUGCCUGCUUGCUGGGCCAGAACCUGCGCGUGGACUGUCGCUAUGAGAACAAAACCGACAACCCCCUGACCUACGAGUUCAGCAUCACCAAGGACAACAGGAAGCACGUCAUCCACAGCACCAUCAGCGUCUCCGAGAACAUCUACCGGAGCCGAGCCAACGUCACCAUGCACAAGAACCUGGUGUGCCUCCACCUGCAGAGCUUCACCACCAGCGAUGAGGGCAUCUACAUGUGCGAGCUGAAGGCCACCAACGACUACACCGGCAACCAGAUAAAGAACAUCACUGUUAUCAAAGACAAACUGGAGAAAUGCGCUGGCUUCAGCCUCUUGAUCCAGAACACCUCGUGGCUCCUGCUGCUGCUCCUUUCCCUGCCUCUCCUGCAAGCCGUGGACUUCGUGUCCCUGUGAAAGGCGAAACACACACACAGCGCUCGCACACACUCGCACGCACACACCGAGCACCCCGGCCACCCCGCCUUCCUUGCAGCCCAUGGAAAGAGAAGCUGAAGCGUCUGGAAGCCGUGAAACCUCUCUGUGUUAUCUCUAUUUAGCCGUAUAUCUAACGCUAACCACCGUCCCGUGCCGAGGCCCACCAUCCCACGCACACACGCCCCGCUCCGAAGCAUGGUGGCUCUGCUAGGCAGCGUUGUUGCUUCUCCCAUCGCGCCUCCCCGCUCCGUAGGCUGGCUGGUUUGCUUGUGCUGGGAGCACUGGAGGCCUCAGCCUCGCUUGUCCCAUCCCUUUAACUCUUGGGGUUUGCCUGUUCUCAGCUGGGGAAAGACAGCUGGAUUGGCAGCUGAGCUGGAAGUGAGACCUCCUCCAGACACCAUCUGGUACCUUUGGGCUGCCCGAGCCAGAGACGCCACUCGCUGCCCCCGGGGACCAGCCCUUAGCUGUGACGAGAGAAUUGCUGCCAGCACCAGUGGAGGCAAGCAGAGCCUCUCUGAGCUAGCCACAGCCCCCCUACCCUCCCCAGGGCCCUCAGAGCUGCACCCGGGCUGGCUGGUGAGGAGGGGGUUCCCCUCUGGGAGUGUGACCCCAGGGUCUCCGCAGGGACUCCUCUGCACCGGCAUCUUGUCUUCCCUAAGGGAACAUCUGGGGACGCCAGUCCUUCCUUGUGGAGAGGCAAAGCAGUUUUCCUCAAAUCCCACCCUGCUCCUGGGAGGAGCCCGUGUGCCCUCUCCCCUCUCCCUCCUCCCUUUCAGCAUUUCCCUCUCUCCCUUUAAGAGCAGCAAAGGAUCUAAGGGCAGCCCAUGACCUCAGUAAGGCCAGGAUGGUGCCAGGGGUUGGUGAGAGCAGGGACAGGGAUGGCCAGCACAGCUCAGAUCUGCCAGCCCAGGGCUGCCCGCAGGACCCUGAGGAGCCUCACCCAGGGGAGGGCACAGGAGAAGGAAGAGGCAGGUAGGAGCACCCAGGUGCAUGGGGUGAACCCCAGCUGUGCUACCCGUGCAGCCCGGGCUGUGCCACCACGGAAGAGAGCAAUACACAGCAGCUGCUCCCCACUCCUUGCUCUUCUCCAGAGCUGCUUCCUACCCCCGUGCCCGUCCCCUGCCCAUCCCUGCCUGCUUGCUUGCUGUCUAGUGCUGCUGAGGCCGUGCCCAGCUGAGGCCUGGCUGUGCCCAGCUCCCUGGGCGUGCUGGUGAGCGCCGGGGCAGGCGCAGAGCCCAGCGGCAGAGCGCGGACGCGGCUCGAGUCUCAUUUUUUUGUGAACAUUUGUAGUUGUUUCCACAGCUUGUCGUCAAAGAAAUUCUGUUAAGGGAAAAGGAAAAAAAAUGGGAAGAAAAAAACCCCUAUGAAAAGCAACAACAACAACAACAAAAAAAAACAAACCCAAACAAUCUUAUCAUCCAGGAGUGUUCCUCUGUCUGCACAAUAAAACCCUACCUAGGUUGUGUGUUGGA